CUUCUGGAUUCACGUCUUUUCAACAUGGCUUCGAGAGUAUCUAAAAUCAACAGCUUGGACAUUGACAUUGAAAACUUCAAAACAACACUUCCUCCAAGAAAGCGUGCAAAAACUGAUGAAGAGAAAGAACAACGUCGAAUUCAAAGAAUUUUACGUAAUAGGAAAGCAGCUCAUGCUUCUCGUGAGAAAAAAAGAAGAUAUGUUGAAAGCCUUACCAACAACUUAAAUAAAUUAAAUUUAGUUGUCGAGAACUAUCAAAAGAAUCAAAUGAGAUUGUUAGAAUUGAACAAACAACUUAUCGAUAGAAUAUCCCAAUUAGGUGGCCUUGUUGAUGAUAUCGAUACAUCUAUUUUAUCCGAAAUUAAUUUGGAUUACAGAAUCUCUUCUUUAAUUUCUGACAAUAGUACUUCCAUCUCUACUGAUAUCCCACAAAUUCUGAUCCAGCAAAAUCUUAAUACUUCAAAUUCCAAUGGCUCUAGUGAAUCACAAGUAAAUUCGGAAAAUGAUAAAAAAAAAAAUGAAAAUUUGUCCAACAAUGUUCAAGCCAAUUCUAUUUUAGAUAAUUUAAUUAAUUUGGCCUCUGAUAAUUGUUGUGAUUUAACUAAUAUUUCUAAUAUUUCUAAUAUUUCUAAUAUUUCUAAUGUUUCUAAUCUUCCUGUUCCUUCUGUCUCUUCAACUUCAUCCAACUUUCAUUCAAUUUCUAGCUCAACCACUCCAGAUUUUGAUGACAAUCUUUCUGUUAGCAAUGAUCUAUUAAAUUUACGUUCUCCAAAAUUAAUAUUUGACAAAAUCGAUCUGAAAUCAUUUAAUGAGAAGUUUUUAAAUGAAGCUAACUUUAAUUCCAAUACUAUUGUUUCCAUUAAUGAUAAUAGCGAUAAUAAUAGUAAUAAUAAUUAUAAUAAUUAUAGUAUCAUCAAUGAUGAAGUUGCUAAUAACUUAAACAACAACAACACCAUUAAUAUGUUUGAAUUUAAUAAUUACAACAACGAAUUGUCUUCAUUCGAUAAUUUUGAAUUUAAUAACUUACUAUCAUCUCAACUGCCUAAUGACAAUAUAAAUAGCUUUGAGCAAAUCAGCAGGUUGCAUAACCCAGCAGCGCCAGCUGAUUUGUUCUCUGACUUAUUUCCAUCUAAUAACUCGAAUUAUGAGUCAAUGUUUGAAGAUUUUUGUCUAUUAGAGUAAUUAAAUGAAUCUUGUUUUUUCUUUGGUUAUUUUAUACCUGGCUAGUUUUCAUUUUAUCAAAUUUAUAACUUUUUAAAAGUUGAAGAGUAAUGAAAAAUUUGUUCAUUAUGUGGCGCAGUUUAGUUUUUUAUUUGCGACUGGAUGUUCAAGAUUUCCAUUAUUCUUUUUACUUUUAAUAAUUUGAUUGUUAUAAGAUUUUGAGAGAUGCUAAUUUUCAUGAAACAUCCUGGGAAAAUUCUUGAUAUGGUGAUUUCUUUAUAAAGUCUUUGGUUCAAAUGCAUCUGUUGAGGUCUUUACGUUUUUUAAAUUUUCUUUCUAUAUUUAGGUUUUAGGUUAUUUUUAUUUCUUUUGGUGAUAUUUUUAAUAUUUUUCUUUGGUGUUUGUAUUAUUUCUUCUAUAUCUCAAUCUAAUGCUUUAUCUCUCUCCAUUUGGUGAUUGCUUGACAUCCGCGGGCUGUAGAAAUGGAAUGACUUUCAAGUCAAAGCGCUGAA